AUGAACGAACUGGUUGGGGCAACCGCUGCGUUACUCUAUCCGAUAACCCCAACAACAACGUCAUCGGCCGGCAAUGUUGCCCUGGAUGAUGAUCAUUAUAAUUUAUUUUCGGAGAGUGUUAAUUUUGUAUUGAUGAAUAUUUCAAAUAAUUCAACAAAUGGAACAGUAACAGAAACACAACCAAUCGAUUUAUUCUUUUCUUUGAGUUUGGGAUUAACAGUUGUUUGUGGAUUGUUGUUUUCUUAUCUUAUUUUGAGACAUUAUACAAAGCAUUCACCAUUAUCUUGGUUUUUAUACAUCCCUCUCGUACUUACAUUCUCUCUCCUUUUCACAUCAGUUUGCAUGGUCUGUAUUGAUUUGGCUGCUGCUAGGUCUGUUGAUAUGUCAUCGGCUAAAACCGAUGCCAAUAGAGCACUAGAAAUUGCUUGGCGUGUUAUUUAUUGGACCUGUUUCGUUUUGGCUCAGGUUUUACUCCCACUUUUCAAGGGAUACCAAUUUACAGGUGAAUUUAAGGGCAUCUUUAAACUCUUGAAAUCAAUUGUUAUGAAUUUAUUGACCAUUUCUGUAAUGUUAGGCAUUGGUGUUGCUGGUUUAGCAGGAUUUUUGAUUUAUAUUGCGGUAGUGGAUGAUAUCAAAAAUGUGACAUUUAACAUGCUUCUUGGUUUGGCUCUUUCAUUGUCCAACCUUGUAGGUCUGUCUCUAUUGAUUACUUUACUCGGAUAUGGUAUUGUUGUGUUACCAAGAACAUUGUGGGAAAUCUCUAACGAUCAAAGACAACUCAGAAUGUAUGAAUUCAAAACUGUUGGACUCUUGGAAAACCUCAACGAUACUGAAGAUGAAGUAAUUGAACUCAUUUCAGUUUGUAAGAAACUCCACAGUACUGUUCCUGAAAAUCACAAGGAAAGAAAGAACGUACUCAGAAUGAUGAAAACUGUUGAUAAGGUCAUUGAAGAUCACCCUCAACUCCAAAAUGCUAGACUCAGAGAUAGAUUUGAACCUGGAUUACUUCCUGCAGUAGAAACGCUUACAAGAUGGCAACUCGUAAACAUUCACAAAAAUCUUGUAAAUGCUAUUCUUGAAUUUAGUAUUAACCAAUAUCAAUGGAAGCAUUUGCAAAUUCAAGCUUUCAUACUUCAAGAUAUUGUCGAUUCAAAGAGCAAUGGUUCUAGAAAGAUUGAUUCCCCUUUCCGUAGAUGGAGAUUUUCAUUUGUUCAAAAGAUGCUCCAAUUUCCUGAAUGGUUAUUCAGAAAGUUUAUUAGACCUUGGUUCUUGAAGCUUGUUGCUGUUGUAUACGUUCUCUUCUCCUUGAUUCUCUUGUGGUGUCAAUUUACUCCAUUAUUUAAGAAUGUUACAACUGUUAAGCUUUCAGUUUUAGAAAUGUUAAUUUCAUCAAUUGGAGAUCGUUUUGUUGUUCAAUUUGUUGCUUUAGGUAUUAUUUCUGUUAUUUUAGCAACAGUAUUGGUAGCUUUAUUUAAUGUUAGAGUGAUGGAAUAUUUCAGAUUGAUUCCAGGUCACACAGAUUCUUACAGUUUGUUCUACACUGCUCAAUUGCUGUGUAGAGUUAUUCCUAGUAUGAUGUUUAACUUCUUGCAAUUGAUUGGUGUCAGUAAGAAUGAUGGUGUUGCCUACUUUAAUAUUUAUGGUGAAUUGAGAAUGGAUGGUUUACUUAAGUUUGGUGUUAUUGGUGGUUUUAUUGUCGAUUACCUUCCAUUAGGUAUUUUCCUUGUUGUCUUUGUUGCAGCAUUCAGAAUUUUAGAAAGACUUGGAACAUUGAUCAACAUUGAAAGAUUCAAGUAUUCAGGUACUGAAAAAGUUACAGAUGAAAGAGUUUUAGAAGGCAGAGAAAUCUUGGCUCGUGUCAGAGAAAGAAAGCUUAAACAUAUUGAAAAAGCUAAAGAAGAAAAUAGAGAUGGAAGCUUUAGUAUUACAAAACUCUUUGACAAGUUGGAUGAACAUGAUGUUGGAUCUGGAUCUUCAAAGAAGAAGUCAUCCAAACGUAAACAAAAUGAAGACGAUGAUGACUCAGAUACCAUCAAAUUUAGUGACAAGUUUUUGGAAGAUAUUGAUCAAUUUGCUGAAAAACCAUCAGAAAGACACUACCAAAGUGGUAGUAAGAAGGAAAAGAGUAAGCCAAGAGGUUUCUCUAGAAUGGAUGACGAAGAAGUCAGUAUGGAUGAUGAUAUACCACUUAAUAGUUAUCGUCCUCAUGAUGAUCUUAUCAAUAAGAUCAGAUCCAACAGAAGUAAGAAGUUUGAAUCAGUUUUGUAAAUAAUAAUAAAUAAUUUAUUCAAUUUUAAAC